AUGACCUGGAUUGAAGUUAAGAAGUCUAAAUUAGAAGUGCAAAAGCAGCUUAUCAAGGAGUAUCUGGCUCCUCACAACCAGCUUCCCAGUGUUGAUGAUUUGAAUGAUGUAACUGGCUACUUGGAUAGAUGUGCCUUGAUGACCUCAAGAGAGAAACAAAUCACCAAUUAUAGCAUUUCCGAAUUGCAGUAUCGUUAUCUUGCUAAAGAACUAACUGCGGAGGAGGUGGUGAGAGCAUUUUGUCAUCGAUCUACUCUUGCUCAUCAAUUGGUGAACUGUAUAACCGAGGUGAGAUUCAAGGAGUCCCUUGAGGAAGCCCGAAAGCAGGAUGCAUUUGUUGAAGAGCAGCAACGUUUAGUGGGACCCCUUCAUGGCGUGAUUAUUUCUGUGAAGGAUAAUAUUAAUGUCUCAGGCUUGGCUACGUCUUUGGGACUCGUUGGAUUGGCCGAGAAAGAGGCAGUUCAGGAUUCAGCUGUGGUUACCCUAUUGAAGAAAUUGGGUGGCAUCAUCAUUUGCAAAACCAACGUUCCUUCUGGUCUUAUGUUUGCCGAGACUUCCAAUAUGCUUUGGGGAAGAACUUUAAAUCCAUUCAAUAGGAAAUAUCUUAACGUGGGUGGCUCCUCGGGAGGAGAAGGUGCUAUGGCAUCCUUGAAAGGUUCUUGUUUUGGUAUCGGCUCUGAUAUAGGGGGCUCAGUGAGGCAUCCAGCAGCUCUUAAUAAUGUCUAUUGUAUCAAACCUUCGUUUGGAAGGUUCCCCUGCUAUGGCACGGAAUCUGGCCAACCGGGUCAGGAAUCUAUUCGUACUGUGUACGGAAUCAUAUCUUCGAAGAUUGAAAAUGUCGAGUACUCAUUGAGGGUUUGUAUUGAUGCGAAGCCUUAUCUGGAUAUUGAUGCCAGUUGCUUGCCUCUUCCUUAUUCAUCUUACGAUAUAAAUUAUAAGGUUCCAUUGAAUAUAGCAUUUAUGGAAUCUGAUGGUCUCACCACUGUCACACCGCCAGUGCAAAGAGGUUUAUAUAUCGUCAAAGAAGCUCUCAAAGCUGAAGGACAUAAUGUUAUUGAUUGGCCCUGCGAAUAUUUUGAUGAUAUCAGGAAGACAAUCUACCCGUUUUACGAUGCUAAUGGCCUCAAGACAAUCAAAGAUAUCUUAGAGAAGUCUGAAGAGCCUGUGGACCCCCACAUACAUCUUGAUAAUUGCCGCGAUAUGCCAGUCUCGGAACUUUGGGCGCUUCAACAUACUAGAACUGCCUUGGUUCAGAAAUAUCUUCAUUAUUGGAAUACAGGAUACGAAGGAGGUCGAUUAGAUGCUAUUAUCAUCCCGACAUCUGCAUUUCCUGCAUGUCUCAUGGAUAAAGUGCCGCCACAACCCUACACUUCUGUAUGGAACGUUGUUGAUUACAGUGCUUCGACGUUUCCUGUAACUAGAUGCGAUACUGAUAUCGAUAAGCCAAUGAAAAAAAAUCAUUUUAUUUCUGAUACUGAUAGGCAGGUCCAUGAAAUCUACUCCAAGGAGUUGCAAAAGUUUGAAGGGGGUCCUGUUGGCCUACAGUUGGUCUGCAAUAGACUAGAGGAAGAAAAGUGUUUGGCACUCACGCGUUACGUGUCUUCUUUGUUAGAAAAUUGA